AAAAUUUGUUGCAAACGCAUCAGGGACGGAGAAAAACUUGACGUCGCGGCUUGGUUUUCUCGCAAAUUCCGUGAAAUUUGUGUAAUUUCCCAUUGAAAAAGUGUCUUACCGCAGAAAAUUUCUAUUCUGUAGCUUAAAGUGUUGACCGGAUAGAAAGUACUUCCACUGCUAGCAGCGCACGAGAAUGUCCCAACGUUUCCCACCAGCCGGGCCCGGUGGCGCUCCGGGGGCUCCUGGUCCGCAGCGCUAUCCACCGUCUCCGGCCGGACAACCGAAUCAGCCACCACCGGGAAUGCGCCCGUACGGUCCAGCGAAUAACUUUCCGCCCCGGGGCUAUACUCCUCCGCCGCAGAUGCCUGGUGGACCUCCGCCCCCGAAUCAACCGGCCAUGCACCCGCGCCCGAUGCAACCGGGCUUUCAGGCGGGAAGCAUGCGUGGCUCACCGAUGCCGAGUGGAACACCCGGGAGCAACAAACGUCCGGCGGACAAUCGAAGCUCGAUGAGCCAGCCGCCACCGAAGAGCGAUUAUCCAACCAAGAAGAAGAAAAAACUGGCAGACAAGAUCCUGCCGCAGAAGGUGCGUGAUUUGGUGCCGGAGUCGCAAGCCUAUAUGGACCUGUUGGCAUUUGAGCGUAAGUUGGACGCUACGAUCAUGCGCAAGCGGUUGGACAUUCAGGAAGCGCUGAAGCGUCCGAUGAAGCAGAAGCGAAAGCUGCGGAUCUUCAUUUCCAAUACGUUCUAUCCGAGCAAGGAGAACGAGGGAGCCGACCCUGGCUCCGAGAGUUCGGUUGCAUCGUGGGAAUUGCGAGUCGAAGGACGACUUCUGGAGGACAACAAAUCGGAUCCGAACAAGAUCAAGCGUAAGUUCUCGAGCUUCUUUAAAUCGCUGGUAAUCGAGUUGGACAAGGAGCUUUAUGGACCGGAUAAUCAUCUGGUCGAGUGGCACCGCACACAUUCCACUCAGGAAACGGACGGAUUCCAGGUAAAACGCCCUGGGGAUCGUAACGUCCGUUGUACUAUUUUGCUGCUGCUGGACUAUCAGCCGUUGCAGUUUAAGUUGGAUCCCCGCUUGGCUCGUCUGCUGGGAGUGCACACCCAGACACGACCGGUUAUCAUUUCCGCCUUGUGGCAGUACAUCAAGACGCACAAGCUUCAGGACGCCCACGAACGCGAAUAUAUUACUUGCGAUAAGUAUCUGGAGCAGAUCUUCGGCUGUCAGCGGAUGAAGUUUGCGGAGAUUCCGCAGCGUCUGAACCCGCUGCUACAUCCACCAGACCCGAUCGUUAUCAACCACGUCAUCACCGUGGAAGGUGGAUUAGAGAACAAGCAAACUGCUUGCUACGAUAUUGACGUCGAGGUGGACGACACCUUGAAGAACCAGAUGAACAACUUCCUGCUGAGCACUGCAUCACAGCAGGAAAUUCAAACUCUGGACAGCAAGAUCCACGACACGGUCGAGACCAUCAAUCAGCUCAAGACGAACCGGGAGUUCUUCCUGAGCUUUGCCAAGGAUCCGCAGACGUUCAUCCACAAGUGGAUCGUUUCGCAGACGCGCGAUCUCAAGACGAUGACCGAUAUCGUUGGGAAUCCGGAAGAGGAACGCCGGGCGGAGUUCUACUACCAACCGUGGACUCAGGAGGCCGUUUCCAGAUACUUCUUCACCAAGGUCAACCAGAAGCGAGCCGAGCUGGAGCAGGCGCUGGGAAUUCGAAAUUCUUAGGUGUGAGGUGGUUUUUUCUCCGCUGCAGCAUUCACUCUACUUUUUAUGCUUUGCUAUCAUUGGAUCGUAUGUUUAAUGUUCGUAUUAUAGGAAGUGCGGACGAGCCGACAUUUUGGAUCGUCAGGUAAGUUUCUUCGUUUCUCGAGGUGCGUCGUGAUUUUUUUUUGAUUGAAUAUGAUCUUUCCGAAUCUGGAAUCAACAAAUUAUUGAACGAUUAGUCUUAAUGUGCUAGAUUAAUACAUACAAGUAAUUAUGAUCAAUAAACUAUG